UGUGUCGUCACUUCCGGCAGGUACCCGUGUAGUCGGCGCGGACCGUGGCUGGGCCGGUGGUCCGUUUCUCCCCUCCCCUACGUUCCUCCCUCCCUCCCUGCCCCUACCUCAGCGGCUGGGGCCGACUCCUUGGCCCCUCCCUAACCCCCUCUCUGACCUCAGUGCCACGCGAUCGGCCUCCCUUCCUGUUUCCCGGCCCAGCCCCGGCGCAAGGGCGGGAGGGGGUGGGCUGUGGAGCCAGCGGAGAGAAAGGACGACGACGACCCUCCGCCCCGCAGCCCGGUCCGCGCCGCCGCCAUGGCAAUGAGGCAGACGCCGCUCACCUGCUCCGGCCACACGCGGCCCGUGGUCGACUUGGCCUUCAGCGGCAUCACGCCCUACGGGUAUUUCUUAAUCAGUGCUUGCAAAGAUGGAAAACCUAUGUUACGCCAGGGAGAUACAGGAGAUUGGAUUGGAACAUUUUUGGGUCACAAAGGUGCUGUUUGGGGCGCAACACUGAAUAAGGAUGCCACCAAAGCAGCUACUGCAGCUGCAGAUUUCACAGCCAAAGUGUGGGACGCUGUCUCGGGAGAUGAAUUGAUGACCUUGGCGCACAAACACAUCGUCAAGACUGUGGAUUUCACACAGGAUAGCAAUUACUUGUUAACUGGGGGACAAGACAAGCUGCUACGCAUAUAUGACUUAAACAAACCUGAAGCAGAACCUAAAGAAAUCAGUGGUCACACUUCUGGUAUUAAAAAAGCUCUGUGGUGCAGUGAGGAUAAACAGAUUCUUUCAGCUGAUGACAAGACUGUUCGCCUUUGGGAUCAUGCUACUAUGACGGAAGUGAAAUCUCUGAGCUUCAAUAUGUCUGUUAGUAGCAUGGAGUAUAUUCCUGAGGGAGAGAUCCUGGUUAUUACUUAUGGACGAUCUAUUGCUUUUCAUAGUGCAGUAAGUUUGGACCCAAUUAAAUCCUUUGAAGCGCCUGCACCCAUCAAUUCUGCAUCUCUUCAUCCCGAGAAAGAAUUUCUUGUUGCAGGUGGUGAAGAUUUUAAGCUUUAUAAGUAUGAUUAUAAUAGUGGAGAAGAACUAGAAUCCUACAAAGGACACUUUGGUCCCAUUCACUGUGUGAGAUUCAGUCCUGAUGGAGAACUGUACGCCAGCGGUUCUGAGGAUGGAACUCUGAGACUGUGGCAGACCGUGGUAGGAAAAACCUAUGGCCUCUGGAAAUGUGUGCUCCCGGAAGAAGAUAGUGGUGAAUUGGCAAAGCCAAAGAUCAAUUUUCCAGAGACAGCAGAAGAAGAACUAGAAGAAAUUGCUUCAGAAAAUUCAGAUUCCAUCUAUUCUUCAACUCCUGAAGUUAAAGCCUGAGCCUCGAGCAUGUGCCACGGAUAG